UGUUCUCUAAAGAGCUUCCGACUAAGACAUCCAUCAAACAACUGCCCCCAGAUGUCGCCAACUUUGUUAGCCUUUCCCAAGGUAAAAGCCGCCUUACCAAUCCGGAAUCCCUUCUCUUUGUUUUGGAAAAGUCUACCGAUAAAAAACCAGUUCAAAUCGACCUCACCUACCAACAUCCAGAUCCAGAGGUUCAAGAGGAAUAUGAAGAUUCGAGCUCCGAUUCAGAACCAAAUUUCGAGAAAUCAGAGACCCGUUUGGAAAAACGUAACGAUACUUCGAACAGGAACUCUUCAAUCGGAUUGAGUGGGUCUAACACCCAAUCAAAGUGGGCACUUGGAGGUCUUGCAUGUACGAUGCCAUCACAUGGAGCUGUAGGGUUGAAAACCCAGUUGGGAUUUCUCGGUCAAGGGACUCUUUCAUCUGUUCACAUCAAUAAAGAUGGCUGGAUUUACGGUCAACGCUUAAUCUUCGAAACCAACAAUAUCCCAAAUCAAUCCCUGUUCAGAAAAGUCUCCUUUGUCUGUGCUGACACUCAGCCAAUAACCUUACGGGUCAAUCAGGAUCAAGUCAUUGGUCAGGGAAGCAUGCGGAUCACUUAUAAGGCGGUGGUUAAGAUUGUGGAAGGAAAUGGUGAAGUAACACUUGUGGAUUAUGUUGCAAAGAAACGAUUCCACGACUUGACACCUUCCGUCGAAAAACAUGCUACCGAUGCACUCAUGUACGAGGCAAGUGCACUACUCUUGGAUAGUUUCAAGAAGGUUCUUUCAAGAUGUCGAGCUCUUCAUAAAGCAUACCGUAAGAAGUUGCAGUUACUAGAAGUUAUAAGACAUGCGGUAGUUGUAACUGGUGAUGUCGAUAUCCCCUCCGAAGUUUACUUUAUUGAGGCUGCAUUAAAAGGAAAAUAUGUGAAGUACUCCAGUAAUACCGACUUUAACGUGGAUGAAGAAGAAGAAGGAAUCGAUCCUAUCAUAUGCCGUUUGAUGAAUACCUUUACACACUGGAGUUACCACGAAUCUGCAGGCCAACAACUGAUUUGUGACUUACAGGGAGUAGGCCCUAUCAUCACUGAUCCUCAAAUCAUUGAUGUUGAUCAAACCCGUUGGGCAGAUGGUAACAAUUCGAACUAUGGAAUCCGAAAGUUUGUGGAAGAUCACGAAUGUAACGAACUAUGCGAAUUAUUAGAGCUCUCUCCUCCCGAGCAAAUAGAAGAAGAGCACAAACAAUCAUCUAUAUCUAAAGCAAACCUGUCGAACAAUCCUUCCAAAAAAAAAAGGUGA